AUCCGGUCCUGGGGAGCAGGGAAGUGGGAGGAGAGGAUGCCCCUACAAAUCCUAGGGGCUACAGAGGGCCAGGGCAUCUUUGGGUGGUGGAGUACAGAGGAGGUGACCUGCAGCAGAGGAGUCCUGGUGACACGCAACCAUGACGGACCAGCAGGCUGAGGCCCGGUCCUACCUCAGCGAGGAGAUGAUCGCUGAGUUCAAGGCCGCCUUCGACAUGUUUGACGCUGAUGGUGGCGGGGACAUCAGCGUCAAGGAGUUGGGCACGGUGAUGAGGAUGCUGGGCCAGACACCCACCAAAGAGGAGCUGGACACCAUCAUCGAGGAGGUGGAUGAGGACGGCAGCGGCACCAUCGACUUCGAGGAGUUCUUGGUCAUGAUGGUGCGCCAGAUGAAAGAGGACGCCAAGGGGAAGACUGAGGAGGAGCUGGCUGAGUGUUUCCGCAUCUUUGACAGGAACGCAGACGGCUACAUCGAUGCUGAGGAACUGGCUGAGAUUUUCCGGGCCUCCGGGGAGCACGUGACGGACGAGGAGCUCGAAUCCCUGAUGAAGGACGGUGACAAGAACAAUGACGGCCGCAUUGACUUCGACGAGUUCCUGAAGAUGAUGGAGGGCGUGCAGUAAGAAGUCGGCCCUCCCCUCCGCGGAGACCGAGCGUCCUUAGGGCGUGGGGACGUCAUCGCCGCCCGGUCCCACUCCCGGCCCCGGGAGGGAGGCGCGGCCCCUUCUGGGAAUGUGUCUAGAAGGAAUAAAAGGAAACAUUGCAAA